UUUCUUGCUAGCUUUAGCCUUCGUUCUCUAAACACGAGCACCGCCUGUCCAGCUCCCUGCACAACAACAAACGUACUUUCCAGGCAGCAAAAGAAGCAACAGAGAAAGAAAGAAAUACAUUUAACAUUCAGUGUAAUCAACAGACACCAUAGUAAAGUCACGAGUUUGUGGACAAAACGAUUCAAAAAGGACAAAGAACACGUCGCAUCCACAUUUUUCUCAGCAGACUUUAUAGAGCAGCUCUCCCGGACUGUCCACUCUCCACCGUGCACGUCUGGGAGAAGAGAGAAUGAAGAUCUGCUCACCGGUUUGAGUUCCUGGGAUGCUUGACCGACCUGUACACCACGCUUUUCUAAGGCCUCCAGAAGCUAAAGACAGGGUGUCAUUAACAGCGCGAGUGACCCCUCUGAGGUACUACCAUGGCCCUGGUUCAGGCUCUGCCCAUAUCUGCUGAGCCCCACAACCCAGGCCUCAGUGGAGGAUCCCGCAGGAGACACCCCUCCGGCUCUUCAUCCCCUAUCAACGCACCACCCUCCACUCUGGAGAGUAUGGGUUCUGUCAGCAGCCUCAUCGCCACCCGCCCCGGAAACUACCAGGACCACCGAUCUUUGGUUGAGCUGGGAGCCAGGGUCCGACGGCCCACCCCAGGUGCCUCCUACCUGGGCUCUGAGUCGCCCCUGGACUCCUUAUUACUUCAGACCAUUCAGAAACAGAACUCCAUGACGUCCAGCAGGGAGCUGGAGAACGAGAGUGGGAAUGGGAACUAUACUUAUCUGAAUGAGGACUAUGUAGGCGACUGGAAUGACAACCACGUAACACAUGCCAGCCCAGGAAGUGACGCAGACGAGACUAAAGGAUCCCGGUUGAAUGGGAACAUGGGGGGGCCUCCUCCAAAACUGAUCCCUGUGUCUGGAAAACUAGAGAAGAACAUGGAGAAAACAGUGCUGCGGCCCACUGCCUUCAAACCUGUCAUUCCCAAGAACCGUUCUUCCAUGCAAUACCUCUCCCCUCGCCAUUGUGCCAACGUAUCAGAAAGCCAAAACAACCUGAACCUGCUGAGCCCCACGCACAUAGAGGCGUCGCCCUCCUGCUCUGAGAAAAGCAGCUCCUACAGCAGAGCUCGGAACAGCGGCGGUGGCAGCCAUUCCGGCCAACUGACAGACUCCGGACGCAACUCCCUCUCCAGCCUCCCACCUUACAACAGCGGCGGCUACAGUCUGGCAUCAGGAGAGGCCUCUGCUGGCCACCUGGAGCCCAUGAAAAGCGCUCCGCCAGUCAGUGGACACGGACACUCCAACUCAGACAGCGGGCGUUCAUCUUCCAGUAAGAGUACAGGCUCUGGCUCGAUAAGCGGCCGAGGACAGCCUCUGUCUGACAGCGGGUCCAACGGGCGCUCCCCUGGCCCGGUGGAGGGUUAUGAGGGGGUGGUGAGGGACCUGGAGGACAAGCUGAGGGAGAGAGAGCUGGAGCUGCUGCAACUCAGAGACAACCUGGAUGAGAAUGAAGCUGCCAUUUGUCAGGUUUAUGAGGAGAAGCAGAAGCGCUUUGAGCUGGAGCUGGAGGAGCUGAGGCAGGGCUGUGCCACCAGGAUGCAGGUAGCCUCGCAGAAGGCCCAGCGUGCACAGCAGGUGCUUCAGUUGCAGGUUUAUCAGCUCCAGCAGGAGAAGAAGAAGCUGCAGGAGGACUUUGCUCAGCUUCUGAAGGAGAGGGAGCAGCUAGAUGAGCGCUGCACCUCCUAUGAGCACGAGAAGAUCCAGCUGGGGCCUCGACUGGAGGAGAGCAAGUGGGAGGUCUGUCAGAAGUCAGGGGAAAUCUCGUUGCUGAAGCAGCAGCUGAAGGACGUGCAGGGAGAGUUAGCCCAGCGCGUGGGAGAGAUCGUCUCACUGCGCGGUCAACUCCGAGAGACUCGUGGCGAGCUGACCAACACCCAGGUCCUGCUCCAGGAGGCCCACGGCACAACCCGCACACGAACCCUGGAGCUGGAGGUGUGUGAAAACGAGCUCCAGCGUCGCAAGAGUGAAGCGGAGCUACUCCGAGAAAAGGUUGGACGCCUUGAGGGAGAGUUGGCUCACCUCAGAGAUGCUUUGGCCAAUCAGGGCACAGGAAACAGACAGUGUCAGGUGUUCCAUGAGGUAGAGGAGCACCUGCUCGCCUACGAGAGUGAUGAGGCGAAGGCCCAGCGGCAGAGCAGCAGUGAGGCCCUGCAGAACAUGAAGGUGCAGAUGGACCGGAUGAGGGCCGAGCUGGCCCACGAGCGUCAGUGGGCCGAGCAGCAAACGGGAGGCUUCGAGGAGGAGCGCAGGAUAUGGCAGGAAGAGAAGGACAAAGUUAUCCGCUACCAGAAGCAGCUGCAGCAGAACUAUGUGCAGAUGUAUCGCAGGAACCGAGAGCUGGAGCAGCUCCUGCAGGAGCUCAGCCAGGAACUGGAGAGCAGAGAGGAGGACGAAGGCAGCGGCAACGAGAUCAACUUUGAUGAGAUCGCCGCCACUGAAAUUUAACCCUCGUGUCUCGCACAUCUUUUGAUUUGCACUACUGUCAGCUUAAUAUUUCUUUUCACCGACGUGUGGCAGAUCUGAUCUCUUUUGUGUCGUUUGUUUAGAUGACAAACAAGCAGAAAUCACAAAUGUAAAAAAAACAGAAACACCUGCAGUGUAAAAUCAGCUACACUUUAGUUCUGCCUCAUUGGUAUUUCUCUCCAAGGAGUCUUACUUCCAAGCCAGUGACCUCUUUUAGUCGUUAGUAGGCCACCUCUGCCACUCCGUUAAUGUCUGUGACUAACUAGACAUCUUUCCCAGUUUUAGGCAUUAGUAGGAGAAUUAGUUGUGUAUGAGUAACUUGACCCAACCUUUCACUCUCCUCCUCCUGAGUUGGUCACUUCCACUCUGUGUUAGCAGUCAGCUCUCAUUAGUGCAGUUAAUUUAGCUGGAGCCCACGCUUGUUUUCAGUUGACAGUAAACGUGGCACACCACACAUUCAGCGUGUCAUAAGAGUGAGUGAAUUAGAGCAAAGUGCUGACGACGGUGGCUGUACUCUAGUCAUGACCAGCAAGUGCAAACAGGAGAUGUUUCCAAAA